CAACAUUCUGAAAAGACAAGAAAAUCGUUGCGGAAACCGACCUCAACUCCAGGAGAACAUAAAAUGUCGUCUCGUAGGCUGUACCUUGGCCGUCUCCCGACGGAUGCCCAACAGUCAGACGUCCAAAAGCUUUUUGAUGGGUAUGGGCCCGUCACCGAAUGUCGGGUUAUGACUGGAUUUGGCUUCGUUGAGUUCGAGAAUCCCAAAGAUGCCGAGGACGUCGUGCAGAAAUUCAACGGAACACAAUUCAUGGGUAACAGUAUAAUUGUGGAGUUUGCCCGUGAUAACAGGCGUCGUGACGAACGUCGUCGUGACCCUCCCCCUCGUGCUAGGAGACCUCCUCCAGGCCAUCGUGUCAUUGUCACUGGCCUGUCCAGGGAUACGAGUUGGCAAGAUCUCAAGGAUUUCGGUCGUGACACCGGUGGUCAGAUUACUUUUGCCGACAUCGACUAUCCUGGCAGCGGGAUUCUCGAAUACGUCACUCAGGAGGAUGCCGAUGAUGCGGUGAGAAAGCUCGAUGGCAAGGACCUCCGUGGCGUUAGCGUUCGUGUCGAGCAUGGAGAUGUGAGUUGUUCGCACUGUCCCCACUUCGAUUCUAAAGACCGCUACCGUGAUCGUUCUCCGCGACGCUCUCGUUCGCCUCCGCGUCGGUAUGACGAGCGCUCUCCUCCCAGGAGGGAUCGUGAUGAUUUUAGAAGAGAUGACAGAGAUAGGGAAUUUGAUAGGCGCGAUGACAGGGACCGCCACAGGGAAUAUGAUCGCAGAGAUGACCGC